CACAAUAUAAGUAUUUUUAAGUUAAUUUUUUUUACUAUGGACUUUCAUGAUAUCCUUAAAGAUUCUUAUGUACUUUUUUGUUAAUUUAUUAUUUUUGACCUUGUAAAGAAUUUCUUCUCGACAUGCUAUAGUUGAGUGAAAUCUAAUGUAGUAAGUAGUGUUUUAUCGGUACUGUAAUAAGGUACUCGAUUUCAUUCUUCGUUUUAAAUUUUUAAAAUACCAGCUUGGAGCGAGUGCGUAUAAUAUCUGAGGGACGUGUGUUAGUAGCUAAAUAGUUCUUGAUAAGCUGCGGCUAGGAGUGUAAAGGCAAUCGUAACCAGCAGCUAUAACGUAUUCAGCGUUCACGAACAUCGUAUCGAGCUACUAGCUGUAAGCGGAAAAUCACUUGAACCGCAAACUAUCCGAUUUCAUAGAGCGAAUAUUCGAAUAUUUUUCAAAAUGAGUAUCAUACUAGACUACAAUUAUAAAGAUCGGAGGUUCAAAAGUGAUGAAGUAUUUAAAAGUAUAAAUCAAAAGUAUGUGACAUUAGAAAGUUACCAGGUCAAACGAAAUAAUGUGUACCUUAAAGAGGUCAUCUAUGAGUUUCUGCAGCGAAUGAGAGAAUGCGAUGCAUUUUUUAAAGACAAUUUUCAGGAAAUUAAAUGGGUAGGAAGUUUUUACAAAGGCACAAGAUUCGGCUCACCGGAAGAGUUUGAUCUCAAUAUAAUUAUAAAAUUGCCUAUUAAUUACAACACGAUUAAUAUACAAUCCGAUCGUAAAUGUAAAUCAUUCAUUAAAAUUCAAUUAAAGGACGACACUUUGCGCUCCAAAUUAAUGCCGUAUAAAGUUUUGAAAAAAUUUGUUAAUAAUGAUUUAUAUUUAAAUCAAAACGAAUUUCGCCAAUGGAUGGAAAGCGUUGUUACCAAGGCUUUACUUUCUUUACCAACAGACUGUGGAAAGUCUCAAUACUUGAUUAUAAAUAAUAAGAAAUAUACAAUACGUGUAUCGAAAAACAGUCCAGCAUUUACAUUAUACAUCAAUGUAGAAGGUGUUACAUUAGAUGUAGAUCUGGUUGCAGCAAUGGAAUUUACAGAUCCUCCUCCUGCACCAUUUCGUAAAAUUACACAAAAGGAAAAAACUUGGAGAGCUAUUGCUAAGCCUUUUCACAAUGGCAACAUGCCAAAUACAGAUAUCGUAUGGAGACCUUUUUUUUACGAACAAGAAAGGGAGAUACUACAAUGCGCGGAUGUCAAGCCAGUGAUAAGGCAAAUGAAGAAAUUUAGAGACAUACAAGGUUUGCAUAGUAUUGCAAGUUAUUACAUUGAAAGUUUGUUCUACUGGGAAAUAGAAAAACGCAACAAAGAUAAGGAUUUCUUAGCAGCCUCCAAAACUUGCAUAUUUUUCAAUAUGCUAAAAAGAUUUUACGAAGCAACUAUGAAUGGCGAAAUAAAAGAUUUCUGGCACAAGGAAUAUAACUUGCUGUCGAAGAUAGGAGCUGCAGAAAUGCUUAAUAUACAAGGACUGUUAAAAAGAAUUAUUAUUACAAUUGAGAGAAAUAUUGAAAAUGACCCCUAUAUUAUAGCAAAAUUCAUUUUAAGCAAAAGAGAAUUAGAAAAAUUGCAAAAUCAAUUGGUAUGUGUGACUCGAGAGGAAGUCCGAGAAUCUCACAAUUCCCCAACAACACAAUCUUUAAAUGUUUCAGGAACAAUAAUUGCAGUUGGAACUGCAAUAGCUGCAGUGAUGGCUGCAUUCAAAUACUUGACGACUGAAUCAAAUAAAAAAUAAUAACGUGGCACAAGAGCGUUAAUGAGUUAAAAAUAUACAAUGAGGGUCUCCUGCUCCAUCGAAUGCAACAAAUUCUAAUAACAGAAACAAUACUGAAUCAUAUAAAAUCACUUAAAGCUAUUCGUGAUACUGCUGCUGAAUUAAAAGGAAGUAUAUAAUGAUUUGAAAUACAUGUUCAGCUAUAUAUUCAAACAAAAGUUGAAUAGCUCAACAUGAGAUGGAAUUUAGAUUCAGAUUAUACUUAUGAUAAAUUACUAACAAUUUUUAUUUUAAAUAUAAUUUGACAAAGUUGCGCGUUGCACUUAUAUAAUUUUAAUGACUGAUUUAUAUUUUAUAUUGCGAAUAGAGCUUUAUUAUUAAGUUUUCUAAAUACUUAAAAACUAUUUCAUAACAAUUAAAAUAUUAAACGUA